AAACAAAUGGCACUCAAGUUGUAUGGGGCUGCCUUGUCCCCCUGCACUUCUCGUGUAAUGACCUGCUUGCAUGAGAAGGAAGCAGAUUUCGAGCUCGUCCCCGUCGACCUUUUCGUCGGUGAACACAAGCAACUUCCUUUCUUAGCCAAGAAUCCCUUCGGUCAGAUUCCAGUGCUAGAUGAUGGCGAUCUCAGUCUUUUGGAAUCAAGAGCAAUUUCAGAGUAUGUUGCUGAAAAGUUCAAGGAAACCGGCAACGAUCUCAUCAGGCACCAAAGCUUUAAAGAAGCUGCCGAGGUCAAAGUGUGGAUGGAGGUCGAAUCCCAGCACUACCACCCUGAGAUUUCCCCGAUUAUUUUCCAGUUCUUCGCCGCACCUCUCCAGGGAAAAUCCCCCGAUCAAGCAAUCAUCGACGAGAACGCCGCGAAGCUCGGCAAAGUACUCGACGCAUAUGAAGACAAACUCGGACGAACCAAGUACUUAGCUGGUGAUUUUUACAGCUUGGCCGAUUUGUUCCACUUGUCUUUUACUUACUAUUUCAUGAAAACUCCUUGUGCUGAUCUGAUAAAUGAUCGCCCACACGUUAAAGCUUGGUGGGAAGAUAUUUCUUCCAGGCCUGCUUUCCAGAAGGUGGCUUCGGCUAUGAAUUUUGGAGAGAAUGGGAACUGAUGAUCGUAAUUUUUGUUUUUUGUUUUUUUAAUGAAAUUCCAUCUGGUUUUGGUGUUGUUGGUUUGUUU